AUGCAAGCGCCGCCACAUGAAGGUUUGUCACUCAACGACGACCGCCUAUGUGCAGCCGCUGACCCUACUCAGUGUGAUGAGAAAAGACCAAUAUGUUCCAAUUGUAUCAGUUCGCAGAGACACUGCGAGUUUUUGGACCCUGUCCCCAACGACCAGUCCUCUCGCAGUGUUAGAAGCGAAACUGCUACUGCAUCACCCGCCGUUGGAUCACCGGGCAUGACCUCUCCGCCCGGCCAAGAACCCAUCAGUAGUCCAGAAGAUGCUCCCGUUAAUAUGCUUCAUGUGGAGCUUGUUCUGAAUCUCUCUUCAGAAGCCAUGAAGGCAUUCAAUCCUUCUAAUAUCCCCUUCCGGGAUAUCUUGCGGUAUGGCAUUGGUGCGCCAUAUCUCAUGAACGAACUUCUAUCUCUGAGUGCCUUGCAUCUUAGCAUCACCAGACCGGGACAGCGGGAUUUCUACCGGCACCACUCCACCCAGCUGCAGAGUUAUGCACUGAGCUCAUUCAACAGCUCAUCAUCACAUAUCAAUGACGAAAAUUACGUCUCAAUCUUUCUAUUCGCGGGCAUUCUGGGGCUGCAUAUGCUCUGUGAGACACUAGUCUAUCGAGAUAAUGACUUUGAGAGUUUUCUUGACCAAUUUGUUCGGUACGUUGUGCUGCACUAUGGGGUACGCACUGUCGCAGGCGGGGGGAGAUGGCAACUUUUACAACAAACAGCAUUGAAACCGAUGUUGCAGCUUGGCUCUCGGAUUCCUGAGCCGGAUGCUCUGGGUCCAGUUUGCCAGGUGCUUUUUGAUCGUAUCAAAGGCCUUGGUUACGACGACUCUACUACAAGGACGUACGAACAGACUAUCAAGGCCUUGCAAUCCGUCGUCACUGUGGUCAACAGUGAGGCUCAACGGGCCGACAGCUUAGAUGUUCUCGUUGCAUGGCCGAUACUUGUCCCUCGCGAAUAUAUUGAUAUGAUUGCGCAGAGGAAGUGCGAGGCUCUGGUUAUCUUGGCGCAUUUCGGUGCCCUUGUUGAUACCCACAGACAUUUGUGGGUAUUCUGUGAUGGCGGCAAGUAUCUAGUUGAUUCAAUCAGUCAGUAUCUUGGACCCGAGUGGGAAGAAUGGCUUCAUUGGCCACGGCAAUCGCAGAUUCCUGCAAGUUCUGUACAAUAG